AUGGCGUUUCGUGACUUCCAUGGGGAUGAAAGUGAAUUUGCUUUCCUUAUGUUUAUUGCCGAAAACGCCCAGGUAUUGGAGAAGAUGAAUAUUGUGCUGGAAUUUCGAAAACCCUAUAAACCAGAAGAGCUGGCCUCGAAGAUGAUGGCAUUGGACAAUGCAAGAUGGGCAAGCGGAAGCAAGAAAGUGGGGUACAAGUUUUCCCAGCUUGGUGAGGGAGGAGGCAGCGUUUGGAAUCACAGAUUAGCGUUUGAUUUUAAUUGCAACGAUCCUUUUCUGUACCUUUGA